AUGGCAACGAGGGCAAACUUAACGGUCGAUUUUCUGAAAAUUGUUGCAAUAGACGCUAUUGCAAUGUUUUGCAAGAAGUCAUCCCCUUUGCCAGCAUUUGAAGAAUCAAAGAUUGAGGGUGACGGUGUCAAAAAGAAAAAGACCAUCAAAUUCAAAUUCAAACAAGGGGAACAACGAAAAUCACCUAGGCUCAUUGAAGCAAAGAAAAAUCCUAAUGACUACGCCAAGCAUGAUACAAAAGUUGCUGCAGAAGAAGGUGAAAGAAAUUCUACAGAAGAUAUCAGUUUUGAACCAGUUGUGAUUGUUGUAGUUGAUAAGAAUGAGGAUGAAAGAAAUCUGGAUAGUAAUAAUGAAGACAAGGAUGAUGAAGAUGAUUUUAUUGAAGAUGGUAAAAGCAAAAAAACAACUAAGCCUAAGAAAAAAAAAGAGAAAAGCUUCAAGUCCGGUAUAAUUGAUUAUAUAACUGAAAAUAUUGAUAAUUGUAAUGAUAUAUCAGCAGUUGGCACCAUAGACAACAAGGUGGCAUUUGGUGUUGUUAUUCCAUCCGAAGAUGGUUUGUGUAAUAAGAUACAUGGGAGGGAUAUGCCAAUUGGUUGUCUUCGAGUUUCUGUUGAUGGACUGCUCCCCGAUAGUAACAAAGAUGCAUUGCUUCCCGUGCCGGUGCCGGGUGAAAUGGAGUUGGUGACUGAAUAUGUUGGCUCUCACGUAGCAUGGCCAGAAAAUCUAAUCACUUUUCCAUCGGUUGUGGGUGAAGAAAAAGAAUUGUGCCGGCCACAACCAUAG